GCUAGAAUGAACAAAAAGCGAAAAUCUCUGACAGUCAGGUUUUCGGAUAUUGACCAGUCACAGUCAAAAGACUUGAAGGAAAUUAAUGCAGCUGCUCCAAAAGCAUUUUACUUGCCUAGCAGCUUACCAGAAGAGCCUAAAUUCAGCCGAUUGGUUAAACGUGUCCCGACAUCGGUAAAAAUCACGGAAAUGCUUAAAGAUGCACUUCCCGAAAUGCCUUCAGCGGAUGAUCCAUCACAGCGGGUUUUAAAGUCAAUUAAAAAGAUACCACACCCGAAGUUUGCAGUCAGUUUGACGGCUGCCGGACCAUGCGAAGUUCACCAGUACGUGGACCCAGACGCGUAUGAGCGGAAACGGAUACGGAGACAAUCCUGCAAAACAAGAUCCAUUUACCUUCCUUCAGUAAAAUCGGUGCGUACUCGCAAGUAUCAGCGAAUAUUUCUGGCACCUUUGAAGUUAAUAAACUAUCAACCUUUCCUUAGCCCUUUUGUGCCAAAUUUGUUACGGAUUCUGAUUAACUCUAUUGAAGCAUAUUGCUAUAAUUCAUCAUGGAACUGUAUUUUCGAAGAGCUGUUCGAAUACUACGACCGUGCAAAAAUAGCAUUUUUGCAGUUGUUAAAGGUCUUUAACAACAAUAAAGCCAUUACAAAGUUGGUUGGUGACAUGGAACACCCGGUACAGAUUGUCGUGGUUCGAUUGUUUCUGAACGAAUUGGCGGCAAAGCCAUUGCACUUCAAUCGUAGUCUAAUGCCUGAACUGAGUCAAUCACCGGUGUUUGACUUUUUCCUGCGCCCAAAUAUCCAAAUACGUAAGUUGGUCAUGAAAGCAGUGCUUCAGUCCUCCACCUGCCAUACGGACACACUGGUUUUUCUAAUGAUUCACCUCCUACAUGCUCGGGAGUACGCUCCGGACAGAUUGACAGGCAGGCACACACUGACAUCAAUAUACGGGCGUUUGUUAAUUAGUUUUGUGGAAAAACCCUACUUACGUGGUACUGCGCUAGGGGAAGGUCGAAAGUUGGAAGACGCAAUGCUUGAGGUGAUGUUGGAAUUAUGUGAUCAACACUUUUGGAAUCGGCUGUCAGGAUUCAGGAUUCGCCCUGCAUUCGAGCAACUCAGUCGUUUGGAAAAAAAGCAUCUUGAAGAAGAAGAAGAACGCAGAAAGGAUUCCGGCUUCAUGAUGUCCAGACUAUCUGUUGUGAAAUCUCUUGAGACUGAAGAGAAGUUAGCGCCGACGGAAACGGACCCCCAGAAGAAUAUUCUCCAAAUGUCUGAAGCAUCGAAAGGAUCAUCCUUGAAAUCAGACACAACAGACACACAGAAGGAGGUUCACAGUGCUGAGUCAACAAUGACGUCCUACAGGAUGGAGCUUUCCGAAUCGGAAAAAACGGUCCAAGAACCUGACAAAAUCGGACACAUUUCGCAAACUGUACCCCAUUUACUUGGGCUAGCCGAAUUGGUUUGGAACAAACGAGAAAUGGAUGAAGCGUUUGCUGCAAUAAAACUUUCAAAAGAGUUCUCCGGAAUAUGUCGCUCUACUCGCGAAAUACUACGUGACAUCACAAACGCCCGAAGGGAUUGUCCGGCGUACCGGAAGAAGAUUUCCGCAAUGGCUGAUUGGUUCUAUUGUGAUAAUUCCUACUUGCGGGCAUGGCGUCAAUAAGCUUCAAGUGAGUGAGCCGCCAUGUUUACCAUCAUCUUUAUAAUUAGCUGCACUGGUGAGCACUUACCAGUCAUGUAUAUAGACACCUCAACCCAUCUGUGCUGCGGCACAGAAGACAAGUUCUUUGUUCCAAUACGAUUGGAU